UUUUUGCACUGCUAUUAUAUCAUAUCCUUAUUUGCUAUUUCUUUAACCUCACAUGUUUUUAUGGUCUUAUGUACAUAAUUGCUACCUUACUAAACUUUUUUUUCCUUAUUACAGUUUUCUCUGUGUACUUUAUGUGCGCCCUCUCUCCCAUUAUAACGCCCAUCUUUGUGACCUUUGGGGAUGUUUGGAUAAUAAAUAAUAAUGAAAAUGAGAAUGACUACACUGUCAUCAGAUUAGCAGUAUAGCGCGACACUAGAAAUAAUAGAUACUGAUAGGGUACAAGCAUAAUGCAGUGAAGGCAUUUAACGUUUUCGAUACAUGCAGCUGGUUUAUUAUUCUGGCCCGUGUGUGGACUAUGGGGCACAGAUUGACUGGUACUACCUAUGGUUCUUUAAUAGGACUGCACAGCGUGUAAAUGCUUGUAUGUUCCACCUAUAUUGACAUGGUAACGCCGUAGUCAGAAUAGGUGGUCUAAAAAGUAUCGAUUUAGCAGAAAGUUGAGCCUGCCAUUUUUAAAAAAAUUACCCUGGCAUAUGGUAUCAUCAGACUUUUUUUACUUGUGGCAGUUCCAUGUAGUGCUGUGCCAUGGCACCUGGACUACACGAACACAACAGUCAAGGGUGGACCCGCAAAGCAAGGGCACUGAACCCAUUCUUUGCAAAAGAGCACAUUGUCAGGUACACUGAAAGCAAAGGCGCUCUAAAACAUCGAGGUGCUGGCCUACGGCUCUUUACAUCAGGCCACCUACAGAAGUUGAUGUUCUCAACCGAAGAUACAGCAGAGACCAUUGUGAAGGCACAAGUGCUAGCAUCUAUGACAACACGGACAGCAUACAGCGUUGGGGUGAAGUUGCUAAAGUGCGAUGGAGAAGUUGUCAGUGGCAACUGCUCAUGUGUUGCUGGGAAAGGUGGAGUGUGUAAACACGUUUGCUGUGUUCUGUACGGGCUGAUGCACAUUGCACAGCACGAUCUCACUGAGGUACCAGAUGCCGUGGCAUGCACUGAAGGCGAGCGGCAGUGGUACAAUCCACGGGAUCCAAAGAAAGUCGCUGAACAAUUUGAACAGAUUGUUUUCUCUAAAGACACCACUGAAAGGAUUAGCGAGGCACCAAGGCAUCACAAAAAACGAGCAGCGUACUCGUCACUGAGAAGUGAAGACCAAAAACUGUCCACAGUGAGCCUCAUAAACUUGCAUGGCAAGCUGAAAGAUUCAAAGCUGGAUUGCUUCGCGGAUGUGCUUGAAGCAAAUGACUUCUUGCCAGCAAAACAAAGAAAAGUUGAGAGCCCAGAUCCCGAAGAUGUGUCUCGACUGCCUGUAAGGUGGCUGGAGCGAGCAAAGCAGGGGAAUGCUUUGCUGCCAUAUACAGAGGAAGAAGUUGCAGCCGUAGAGGCGGCCACACGACCUCAAAGUGCUUGCCUUCUUUGGCAUAGAUAUAGGGAGGGUGUCAUCACCGCGUCGAUAGCACAUAGAGUACACACUUGGGUUAGGACAUGCCAAACCAAAAUGGGGCCACAUGAUGCCCGACCUCUCACUGCGGCAGUGAUGGGAGCAAAAAAAGGCAGGGCAACAUUUGCCAUGAAGAGGGGUCUAUUGUGUGAGCCCGAAGCCAGACAAGCGUUUCGAGACCAAAAUGACAGCCACGUGGAACUGCAAGUAAUUGAGACUGGCCUCUUCCUCUCUCGUCAUCACACUUUUCUAGGCGCAAGCCCAGAUGGUCUUGUAAAGUGCAAAUGCUGUCCGCCGCGGCUACUUGAAAUCAAAGUUCCCCUCAGAGUUCAAGAUUUUGCCAGAACGCAGUUGCAUGCUGGGGAACUCAAAAGGAGCAGCAGGUAUUACACUCAGAUGCAAGUGCAGAUGGGUGUGACUGGCCUGGACACCUGUGUGCUGUUUGUAUACAGCAAGGAAGAGUGCUUGCAAAGUGUCGUGCCCUUUGAGAAGAGUUUUUUUGACGAGUUUGUGAAACGUUGCGAAUUUUUCACCACCAUGUACUUGCUGCCCCACAUUGCGAGCAACUGUUGAAAUAAAUCUAUGAAUGAAUGAAUGAAUAAACCUUU